UCGUGUCGUGAUUAGGGUAUGUGGUAUUAUGAGACAUCUAAAUGUUUCUCACCCCCCUAAUAUUGAGGGAGCUAAAUAGCCUGUUCAAAACUACUAUCAUCAAUAUAAUUAUAAGCAAAAACUGUUGUGAUAGAACCACACUACUAAUUAAGCACCAACUGUAGAAUUUAAUAGUCCUAUUCCUUUUAAGAGCCUGGAAUUUUGAUUGCUAUUUGAACGCCCACUAACUACUUCCUGUAUAGCUUCCGCAGUAAAAUUGUGCUGAGCUGGCACACCCUUUUACAUUGAAGUCAUUGUAAAAUCAAUGUGUUUUUGCAGCCUCUGCAUUCUGUAAUACAUGCGCUAUUAUUCUAAAUAAAGGAAGUUUGUGAAAUAUUGAAGUAAGAGCUACACAAUGGUUUUUGUCCCAGAGAGUGUUUGUCAACUGUCAGUGAGCUAGCUGGUCUUGAAGAUAUAUACCUACUAUACACACAGCAAGAAAUCUACCGUCUCGGGGCUACGAAGAAACUCCAAAGAAGAUGGCUGAGAAGAUGGUUGGACUCUUGAGCGCCGUAGGGGAUUAUCCAGGAAAGCGUAUGGGAUGGAAUUCAAACUUUGAUUACGUUAGAACUUCAAGAGCCAGCAAACCAAUUCUCCCUUCGGCGCUAUCCAAGUCGCCGUAUAGUACGUCAGUAUUAAAACAGUUGAUUCACAGAGGUGACACACCCCCCCCUAAACUCUACUCUUUGGAUGCCUUGUAUAAGGGCUUGAAGGUAUCUGCUUCUGGAAAGAUUAUUAAAAGCGAAACUAGAGUUGGUGACUACAUAUCAGAAGUUUUGGGAGUCGAAGCUCAAGUGUGCAAAGGUUUGAAACUAUUGCCAGACACUAGCUCAAUGCCAGUUACAAUCCGAAGAUAUCCGGACGUAACAAUUGCAGAUCGAAGUGGAGCAACAUUUUUUAUUUGUGAAGUCGAAUCAAACAGUUCAUACAAGGACACUACUCUGAAGCUAGCGAUCCACUUAGCACAAAUGCUGUCAUCACUGAGAAACCGGUGUAUCCAAGAAGAAUCCCUUCAAGGGUUUUACUUUCCGUUUGAGAGCGUUGAAUGCGUUAUCUUGGUCACGGUGGCAUGGGUAUUUAAUGACAUGAGAUUUGACGAGGAGCAUUUGCCAAUUAUGCAUUGUGACGUUCCUGCCCACCUCAAGCGUGUCUAUAAAAAGAAUAAAGAUCUUUGGGGCAAGAGAUGGGAAGAAACAAAAUGUUACCUCUUCGCUUUCCCAGUAUGCCAAAGCAACAUCGCUGGGGUAUUUGGGCCUGGAGCAAAACAAUUGAUGUCUGGCCAGAGUGUUGUCAUCGUGAAUCCAACUCAGCAGCUGGUACACAAAAUACCAAUGAAUCAGCAGGAAGAAUCGAGAUUGUUCCAUCUGUUACGUUUUGGGCUGAGAUCCAAGUCAAUCGGGUUUCCCAUUUCCAAUGAAGUUUUCCCGUUUACCUACUUCACUUACCCAUUGUACUUACCACCGCUCCUGCCUAGCGAAAUUAAAAAAAAUUUGUAUUGGUACUUACAAGUUUUAGUGCAAAUCAUCGAAGAGCUUCAUCAACUAAACAUUGCCCAUUUGGACAUUCGAAGAGAAAAUGUUUGUGUGGCAACGGAUUUCUCCACUUUGGUUUUAAUAGACUUAGACAGAAGCGUUAAAGCGAACACAAAAGCAAAAGCCAUAUCAAGUGAUUUCAAUCCUGAAAAUGACAUGUACUACCCGUUGGAUCGCAGGUGGACUGCUGAAAAUUUAGAUUGGAAGCAGGUUGGGCUCAUCUUUUAUCAGUUAUUUAAAGAUGACACUGACCACAGGGACUACAAGAUUUGUUUGCCCUUUUUUAAAAAGCUUGUCUUCACUGGUGAGUUGGAUAAACUGGUACUUCAAGAUGUUUUAUCAAAGAGAGAUCAAUAAACUAGUACUUCAAAGACGGUUUAAUUAGCAAGAAAUUAUCUUGUUGUAUAAUGUAUUUUGCACCUUUGUUUUGUCUGUGUCUGUAUAAUGUCUUUUGCACCUUUGUCUUGUCUGUAUAAUGUCUUUUGCACCUUUGUUUUGUCUGUGUCUGUAUAAUGUCUUUUGCACCUUUGUCUUGUCUGUAUAAUGUCUUUUGCACCUUUGUCUGUAUAAUGUCUUUUGUCUUCUUAUUGCUCUAAAAUUCCACACUGUGAGCUCUAUAAGAAAAUUAUACUUGUAUACUUUG